AACCCGUUUCGUAUGAGUUUCACGUGAAACCAUUGGAAAUUGAAUGUUAAAUAGUUGGAGUAGUAAUUAGAUCCACCUUAUAUCUGCCGAGCAUGCGUUCGUGCGUGUUGAUGUAGGUAUAGGUUGUGUGCCUCAGAAUGUGGAUGCUAUCAAAAUAAGUGGCAGUGUAUUCUCAUCGUAAUGAGAAGAGAUUAGUGUAAGUAGUGAAACGUGAUAUCCAUUCCAGAGUGAGAAACACACGACGAGUGGAGCUCCAAAUCCCAAAAUCAGUGCUGUGUUUACGAUAAGCGAAAAAGGACUGUAAGUGCUAUAUUGUUUAGAGUACUGCUCACAUGUUUUAAGCGUGAUACGGGCAGUAUAAAUAGUUCAUCGAGUUAGCUUUACACCAGGAGAAUAUCCACAUUUACCACACUACGAAAAAGUGUAAUAGACCGAGACAAUGGGCAAAAAGAACUCCAAACUAAAACAAGAUACCAUCGAUCGUCUAACGACUGCAACCUACUUUACAGAGAAAGAAAUUCGUCAAUGGCAUAAAGGAUUUUUGAAGGACUGUCCGAACGGUCUCUUAACAGAGCAGGGUUUCAUUAAAAUAUAUAAGCAGUUCUUCCCACAAGGCGAUCCCAGUAAAUUUGCAUCUCUCGUCUUCAGAGUUUUCGAUGAAAAUAAUGAUGGUUCCAUAGAAUUUGAAGAGUUCAUCAGGGCAUUGUCUAUAACAUCACGAGGAAACCUUGACGAAAAGUUACAUUGGGCAUUCCGACUCUACGAUGUUGACAAUGAUGGUUUCAUAACACGUGAUGAAAUGUACAACAUUGUCGAUGCAAUAUACCAAAUGGUGGGACAGCAACCACAAACUGAGGAUGAUAAUACACCGCAGAAGCGAGUGGAUAAAAUCUUCGAUCAGAUGGAUAAGAAUCAUGACGAUAGGCUAACGCUGGAAGAGUUUCGCGAAGGUAGUAAAGCAGAUCCCAGGAUUGUACAGGCUUUGAGUUUAGGUGGUGAUUAACCGAACGACGCUUUGCGGGAAGAUGUACAAAUCCCGCCUCGUUCAUAUUGUUACGAUUUGAAGCAUAACAUCGAAAUUAAUCGCAGCAACGCAUUAUUUGUAUUAAUUUAAAGCUUAACUAGUUUACACAUGUUGUUUGUGUGUGUGUGUGUGAGUGUGUGUGUGUGUGUGUGGGGGGGGGGGGGGGCGAGAGGUAUUUUUAUUUCACAAUUCUUUUAAACUGCUGCUGCAGAUUUUGUAGAAAACAGGUCAUCUAUUGUAAGCCUAAACCGGACAUGGCUUCAAACAUCGCAAUGUCAAAUGUCAUUGAAAACAAUAAUGAACCUAAUAGUUAUUGGUAGUGUUUGAUAACCAGGAAAUAAUGCAGUAUUGCAGUAUCGAAGUAUGUUAAACGCGCCUACCAAUUUCAAACAUUUUCAACUCAAUUUUUUACCCAUUAUUUAACAUUACGUCCUGCUAUGUAACCUCUGGCAGCUAUAGCAUUGCUGUGUUUGCAUUUCUUACUUGCGCAAAUUAUAGUGAAAAAUCUUUUGAAACAUUUCACGCGCCACCUUAACCAUUAAAAUUUACACACUCGAUCAAACAAUCAUGCAAAACGCGAUAUAAGAAGAAAAAAAUGUGAAAACAAUCGAUAAAAAAUUAACUAGUUAUCAAUCAACCAUGACAAAUUUGCUUGCUAGGAAUGAUACAUGCUUAACCUAAUUCUGAUUGUUCGUUAAACUCGUGUUCUCCAGCUCACUUCUAGUGAAUUUAUGUAGCAAAAUCAUAUUAGAAAUCGAUAGCAAGAUAACAUUUGUAUUCUAAUCUAUUAACAUACUUUGAGAGGUGUGCAAUGCAAAGCAAAAUAGGUAUUAAAGCACUGAGUAUGUAAAGCCGAAGGCAAUCAAAUUUUGCCAUUAACGCAAAGUUAAUCCAAGUUUUCGUGGAGAGACUUUUUUCCAACUGUUCCAACCAGGCAAUCGUUUCGCUGCUCAGUAAAAAAAAGGCAAACCAAUCAGUUCAUCAGGCCAAUUUUUGCUCCGAAUCAUAGACAUUUGUACAUGUACUAGUAAACUGGUAUCGCAUCGUGUGCGAUAUUCUGCUCAAAAAUAUUGCAUCAGAAGGUUUAAGUUUGAGCAGCAACUGCAAAUUUGUUUGUGACUGAUUCUUUUCGCAAAGUUCUUAAAAACUGUUCACCUUUAUAGUAAUAGAAAUGAUACUGCAACAGAAUGGUAAUAUUACAAGAAAACGAGAGAAAGAUAAGAAAUUGAAAAAAUAUUUACAUAAUAAUGACAACUAUUUACACCAAUUCAGAUACAUGAGCAAAUAGAGAAGAAUGUUUUGCAAGUUAUUUUUAGGAUUCAUCUUCAUUUUUUGACAUGCGUAGGUAAAGUGCAAAAUUAGUCUUGAUGAUGGAAGGUUAACAACAUGCAAUCCAGUUUAAUCAGUAAAAGAUCAAAUGAACAAAAAAGUAAGAAAUGAAUCAAAUUACAAAUGUGUAAAACCUUUCGAACGAUCGUUGUUUUGCAGAUAGUUCUAGAGGAGGGCGAUCAGUGCUGCACGAACGAACGCACAUAAACAAAACACACACCACGACCUAACAUAUACACGUAACAAAUUUAUUCUGAAUGUCCCGUACUACCAUAGAAAUAUCUAACGACAACAUACUAACAUUAUUUGCCAAAGCUAAGGAUCGUAAGUUUAGAAAUGCAUUUCCGUAGGAGCAGAUCAACUAACGCUACGAGAAGACAACAAACUUUAUAACAAAUAUGGGGUAACCGCAUCGCUAGCUUGUGUUAGAGAUGGCGCACUGUAAAAAAUGGGCUUAUACUUGUUUAUACAGUUGAAGAUAUUAUGAAACAAACAACAACAAAAAACACAAAGUCAAACUGUUAUUAAUAUUUGCUACUAGCACAGAAGCGGAUCCGAUAUACUGUUAUAGAUAAUAAAAGAAGAAAGUGAAAAUAACUCAAAUAAGCACGUUUUAACAUGAAAUUGAUGAAAUGAAGCAAUCAUUGUUAAGGGGAUUCGAUUUCCACAUAAAUUGCAUUUAAGCUCAAUGAAGGCUUUUAGGGCAGGAAAUUGUGGAACGAGCCUAUUGUUUCCUUUCCACCUAGCGGCCUAUCCAGUGCAGGAGUGAGACAAAUGGAUAAUAAUAUUCUAAUCAGAGUACGGUAGUGCAUGACAAGCAAUAUAACAUAUAAUACCCCGCACAAAGCAAGAAUCAAGCUGUACAUGUAAAGUUUUUUUGUAGUAUUUUGGGCAGGCAUUUUUUUAUGCUCGCAUACGAAAAGCAAUUUAAGAAUGUUCUUGCUUCCACACGGUUGCCGACAGACAGACACACAAAAAGGCAACAAUUUUUUCAAUAACAUGUGUAUCCAAUGCAACGAUGCAUACAGCAAUAUACAAAAGCAAUCUGUUUUAGACAUAGAUAUUAGCUGCUGUUACAUCUUCAUUUAAACUGCUCUUUAAGAUAUUCUUGUUGUCUGUUUUGGAGGUAAAUUUUCAAUAAUAAUAAAACAUAAACAUUCUUUUUUGUUUCGUUUUAUAAAGCAUUUUUUUCUCUAUUCAAAUAGACUGGUUGUUUGUCGAAAGCAAAAAAAAAUGUCCGAGAAGAGUGAAGGUACAUCAAGUGUUUAUUGGAUAGAUGCUGAUUUGAUUGCAAGAAUCAUGUACCGGGCAAUGAAGAGAGACAGUGAAGCAAAUAAACACCAAAUAUCAAAGCAUACAAAAAAAUAUUCGAAGCAAGCUGAUUUUUGUUUAAACAUAACGAGCAUAGGCUACAAUUGCUUAUACUUAAAUAACAGCUUGCUCCUAUGUGUGAGUUAGCGCACCUUUGACAUUGUUAGCAAACAAAUAUGCAAAGAAAAUAAACCUGUAACUGUAACAAAGCAAACUACAGAAAUUAAAAGUAUAUGUCUUCAGGGGGAAAAACCACGUAAUCCAACCCAUCUAAUAGAGAAGCUAACACAUAUUUGAAAGAGGAAACCUAACUGAAAACUAUAGAUGCAAGCAAUGUAACUCCGGAAAACAUGCAAUCAUAACUCGAGAACUACUUCAAGCUAUACUAAAACAUUAACCUGACCAGUGGAUAAAAACAGGCACAAACUCACAAACAUGCCCUCUGUUGUACCAUACUGUAUGAACAAUGCACGGUUAAAUUAAAAAUCGAGAAUUAUAUUACCAAACUUUGUCGUACAACCAGCCCCACUGUACAGAAACUUUCGCAGCGUCCAUAGAUAAAAUUUGCAGCAAACCAGUUCGCUCAACAGUAAAUCAAAAGUUGGUAACCCCACCAGUUGAACCACAUGCGGUUAAAACAUUGCUUGAUGUGGAUGUGUGUAUUUUAAAUACUUUAACAUAAUCCGGAAUUAGGCUGUUAAUACAAUCAUUGCAAAAGCAUGCGUCCAGGUGUUGGUUGGUACGGUUUUUUGAAAUUUAAGAAGGGAAACAUAUUUUGUUUCAAUUUUAUGAAAAAAGCUAUGGAAAGUAAUUAAAAAAUAGCCAAAUACGCAUCAUGCGCCUUCAGGUUAAAAAGGUAUUUGAUCACAUUUGCAUGGGUCUCGUCAUUUGGGAAACGAUUACUUGGACGAUAUUUUAAGCAAUAAAAAGCAUAAUAAACAUGGGCUGAAUGAACAAUACGGUAAUGUUAAAGAUAGAAACAAGAAAAACAAAAUAUUGUCACCAAACCUUAAGCACACGUAUGUGCACCAUAACAUUUUACUACAUACCCAUGCCAGAAUAAGGAAGCUGCAAAGGCUAAUACAAACCAAAUUUAAACUCUGUGGAAGGUAAAUCAAGAAUGGCUUAAUAUCGAUGUUUGCCACUAAGCAUGUUAUCAGUGUAGUAUGCUUCUGGGCAGUACGCAGCUUCGUUGUCGCUUUUCUGCCAGACUAACAGCACAUACUAUUAAACAUAACCUCCCUACAUCUCAUGCUGAGUUAGAGGUGUAAAAAAACAUACACACAUACAAGAAUCUACCCCGGUUAUAACGUAAUCUAAAAAGACUGGUUUGAAUUUCAUUUGCUUUCCACUAGCACUCGUUGUGGAUCUGAAUAAGCGUCUUAAUCCAGUAACAAAACACAAAUUCUUUACAACAACAAAAAGAAGGCUCGUACAGUACAGAGUUGUGCCGAAGCAUGUACAACCGCGUGUAUGCGGACAAGUCAGUUGUUAUGUCUUAGUUUUAAUGUUCUUUCAUAGUUUCUAUUAUUUCUUGAAAACCGGAUUUCGUAUAGCAUAGAUUAAAUCGGCAUUCUGUUUAUUAAAAAAUAGUACCUACUUAAUAAAUAGCUUUAGUUCAAGGUGGAAAACCACAUCGAGAAUGCUGUUAAUUAAAACACUGAAAGAUUACAACAAUCUUAUCCUUUGUAGCCUGUCUAAUAGUUAAGUUAUGAAGAUUCAUUUUAUUUCCACAUUUGAAUGAAAAUUACAUAAACGAAAAUCGAAGGCUUGUUCAAUGCAACAAUAGCACAUUAAAGAUUUGAUUAAAUUAAUUAAAUCAAAGCUUAUUUGGUUCACUUUGCCGUUUCAUUAAGUUAUAAGAUAAUCAAGAAAUAAAAGUUAUCGUGAAAAUGAAAUGACAACCAAGUGUAGUAUUAUCGCAAGUACAUUUGGUAAGGUAGUGUGGUUGAUUUAUUUUGCUCCGUUUAUCCUAUGACACCGGAGUUCCCAGGUGUUAUGCACAUGAAAAAAUAUUCAAGUUGGAAAAGUCGUUUCAAUUUAAAUAUUGAAAUCAUUUUCAAUAUUUAAAUUUGGACCUUUUUGGCUUAAUUUUGACCUAAAAAGUUUAUUUCAACCAAUUUUUUACUCUAUUGUUUUGCAAAAUAUAUCCAUAAUUAUAGAGGUAUUUUCCUUGCUAUUUUGAUGAGUGUUUUGACUCUGUAUUACCUGAUUCCCUGUCCUUGUUGUAUAACCUAAGAAAUAUUCCGGCGCAGCAUGGUUUCAUGUCCGGUCGCUCGACGGUCAUUAAUCUUAUGGAAUUCCUUUCGACUGCCGUUGAUUGCUUUGGUUAUAACCUUCGUCUUGAUGUAACAAGUACUGGUACCCAGCCAGAUAUCUUAAAAUACAGCAGUGUCGCCGCCAACAUUGCAACCAACAUGCCCUCGGCAAAAGUGCUGACAAUGCAAUACUCCGACUGGUCGCAGUAGAUCAGUAAGCUGUUGACGACCGAAGGUGUAGAGAUUCCGCAUCAGAAGCCCGCUAACGAUGGUUAAUCGAUCGAACCACCGACGUUCUCGACUGACCGAUCGGACCAUCGAAGUUUUUUCACCGAGAAACAUGCUAACGAUGCCAAAUACAACCGACGCAACACACGCCUACGGCUGCAACAAGACGAAUCACAAAUGAAGGAGGAACGAGGAAAAAGGAAUUUAAAUGAGCUACCACGUUAUGAUUACCUUCAGCUUGUUUUCUCAUAUCGCCAGCAAUAUUUAGCAGAUAGGAUGUGAGAACGAUGGACAAAAGAAUAUUUGUCGGCCAUACCUCAGAGGAGCAAAUGGUUUGAGGAUCAAAAAGAAAUUAAAAUCGGUGAUUUUGUUUUGAUUGUCGAUGGUACAAAUAGAGCCGAGUGGGUGAGAGGUAGAGUUGUCGAAACCAUGUGUUGGAAAUUAGAACGAGUGACGUUUAGCGCCACCUAGGGAUAGGCAGUAGAAGUAGGCUAUGCGUAAUUUGGUCGCAAGCGCCAGGGGAAGGAUUGUUGGGCAUCGCUAGUAGAGCACUGCGACUGGCAGUCACUGCACAUGGAGAAAAUAUACAAGAAUGAGUUGAGAGAAAACCAGCAAUAGGCUUUGAAGUAGAAUUCUUUCGCAUCCCGAGAACUGUCUAGCUGUGAAAUCUUUAAAAGGUCCUUGGUGGGUGUUGCGAACGCGAAAACGCUAGAAAAAAGGAAGGGCAUAAUCAAACCUAAUCUUGAUUAAACAUGUUGCAUGAAACAAACAAUUCUUUCGAUAGAAUGUUCUCACGCACCGAGAAGCUUUCAGCUUAGGCAGCAAAUCAGCGCGGAUAAGGCAUAAGCAGCGCGCGACCAAUGUUUACGAUACAGUGUGGCGUACGCAACGCCUUUAGCGCGGUGCUAGAGUAUCGAGAAUGUUUACAGAACAAUGCGCGCCUCAACAUACGCAUUCAGCGCGAUUAACGUUUACAUUACCGUAUGUGACAAACGACAAGUGCGUCCAACGCGAUGAAUGUUUACCUUAUGUGAAACGCAAGUGUUCCUGAUCAAUGAACAAACAUUAUAGCAUGGGUUUGAACUGGUGGUUUGCGACCACGAUAGUGAGCUAAACUUUAGCAUAAUGCGGCGUUAGCAUAAAGGAUACGUAAACACAAGCUGGAAAGGAAACAGUUAAACAAGAAAGAAUGAUCUUUCGUCUCGUUCUAAGGUACCCCAAAAUUUGUAUAUAAGGAAUCAACUUAUUCAAUAAAAAGGACACAAUUCUUAACCGGCGAA